UUUCUUCCUGGUAUAUAUACACACACAGCAUGGAGGGGAUUUACGCUCUCAUCCUGAUAUUUCAUGCCAUAUCCUGGGUGCACGCUGACAGUCACUCCCUUCGCUAUUUUUACACGGGAGUCUCAGCCCCGGGAUCCGGCUUGCCUGAAUUCUCCAUAGUUGGUUACAUGGAUGAUCAGCAAACUGAGUUAUACAAUAGUGAUAUCGGCAAAUGUGUUCCUGUGGCUACGUGGGUGAGGAAGGAGAGACCUGAGCAAUGGUUGAAAAGGACACUGAUUAGUAAAGCAAACGAAGCUUUAUUCAAACAUGAAGUGAAGAUAGUGAUGAAGCGGUUCAACCAUACUGAAGGCUUCCAUUUUGCUCAGGUGAUGCACAGCUGUGAGCUGAAAGAUGACGGCAGCAUUGUAAAUUAUGAGGAGUUCCGAUAUGACGGAAGAGAAUACAUGUACCUGGAUAUAAAGACGGGAUUAUUCAUCUCUACCAUGGCCGAGGCUCAGAUCACCACGCAGAGAUGGAACAGCCCGGAUGUGAGAGCCGGGGAGAGAAUCAGGAAUUACCUAGCGAAUGAAUGCAUUGAUCGGCUGAGGAGAUACGUUGUAUAUGGGAGAGAAGAUCUGGAGCGGAGAGUUCGGCCAGCGGUGAAGGUCACAGGUCGGAAAUCAGAUAAGGUCACAAAGCUUCACUGUCUUGUGUACGGAUUUCACCCCAGAGCUGUGGACGUGAAGUGGAUGAAGAAUGGUAUAGAUGAGGUUCCCUCCUAUGAGACCACACAUGUCCUCCCCAAUCCUGACGGCACCUAUCAGAUCAGGGUCAGUGUGGAAGUGAUCCCCAAAGAGGGCGAGAGUUACUCCUGUUAUGUGGAUCACAGCAGCCUGAAGGAACCACUCCUUGUAAAACUAGAGCCAAAGCAGGACUCCCCCCUGAUGAUGAUCAUCAUCGUGGUCGUGGUCGUGGUCGUUCUUAUAUGUGUCAUUGCUGUGGUAGUUCUAUUCAAAAAAAUAAGGAACAGUUACACAGCGGCCAACACUUCUGACACGCCAGCUGACACCAGUAAUGAAGUUGAUGAGGAAUUAUGAAGAAAAUAAAGUUGCCUGGCUUGAAGGAUGUAGGAUAUCACUAGGGCACAAGGAUAGCUGGACUUGUCUUUUCCCACACGACUAUGACCAUUAUACCAACUUUACAGAAUGUGCUCUAGCGCUUUUCUAACAAACAACACAAAGGUAGUCAACAAUCAAGCCUAUGGAUCAGGAAUAUGGAUUAUUAUUUACUGUCAGCCAUGUUCCCACACCAGCUAUCUGCUUUCAGAUAGCAGAGGUAGUGAACUCCACAGGGGGGGGCCUGCUUCA